GCGCGCCGCGCGCGGAGGCUCCGGCGCCUGCCGCUGCGCCCUCCAGCCCCCGCUCCUCGCGCCGGCCCGCGCGGGUCCCGGCGGGCGCGAACCCACCAUGCAGCUGCAGUUCCGGAGCUGGAUGCUGGCUGCGCUCACGCUGCUCGUGGUCUUCCUCAUCUUCGCAGACAUCUCGGAGAUCGAAGAAGAAAUCGGGGAUUCUGGAGGCAGAGGUACAAUCAGAUCAGCUGUGAACAGCUUACAUAGCAAAUCUAAUAGAGCUGAAGUUGUAAUAAAUGGCUCCUCGUCACCAGCUGUUGUUGACAGAAGUAAUGAAAGCAUUAAGCACAACAUCCAGCCAGCCUCGGCCAAAUGGAGGCACAACCAGACGCUCUCUCUGAGGAUCAGGAAGCAAAUCUUGAAGUUCUUGGAUGCUGAAAAAGACAUCUCUGUCCUCAAGGGGACCCUGAAGCCCGGAGACAUCAUUCAUUAUAUCUUCGAUCGUGACAGCACAAUGAACGUGUCCCAGAACCUCUACGAUCUCCUCCCCAGAACCUCGCCCCUGAAGAACAAGCAUUUCGGGACUUGUGCCAUUGUGGGCAACUCGGGGGUCUUGCUGAACAGCGGCUGUGGGCCGGAGAUUGACACGCACAGCUUUGUCAUAAGGUGCAACCUGGCCCCCGUGCAGGAGUACGCGCGGGAUGUGGGGCUCAAGACCGACCUGGUGACCAUGAAUCCCUCGGUCAUCCAACGGGCCUUUGAGGACUUGGUCAACGCCACCUGGCGGGAGAAGCUGCUCCAGCGGCUGCACAGUCUCAAUGGCAGCAUCCUGUGGAUUCCCGCCUUCAUGGCCAGGGGUGGCAAGGAGCGCGUUGAGUGGGUCAACGAGCUCAUCCUGAAGCAUCGCGUCAACGUGCGUACUGCAUACCCCUCUCUGCGCCUGCUGCACGCCGUCCGCGGAUACUGGCUGACCAACAAGGUCCACAUCAAAAGACCCACCACCGGUCUCUUAAUGUACACCCUGGCCACACGUUUCUGCAACCAGAUCUACCUCUAUGGCUUCUGGCCCUUUCCACUAGAUCAGAACCAGAACCCCGUCAAGUACCACUAUUACGACAGCCUCAAGUAUGGCUACACCUCCCAGGCCAGCCCCCACACCAUGCCCUUGGAGUUCAAGGCCCUCAAGAGCCUGCAUGAGCAGGGGGCUUUGAAACUGACUGUUGGCCAGUGCGAUGGGGCCACGUAA